UGACUUUUCCGGCUCCGUGGGUUUAGCAUGGACACUUGAACUAUAAUGCACGAUGCACAAACAUUGCGGUGUGCUUUGUGACGGGAUGCUGAAGUUACAUUACUCUGCGACAUAACGGCUCAUAAAAAAAUCCACCCGCAUUUUUUGGGCCUAGUGUCAUAAGAACCAACUUGUGUGGCUCGGAGGGUUUCAUCACUGUGAAGGCCCCCUGCUUCUUCAACAUGAGGCUAGUAAGAUUUCUGAGGAGCAGCGUGAAAAUAGGGAAAGAUAUCGACUAUUAUUCCAGAUUUUCUCCUUCUCCUCUGUCAAUGAAGCAGUUUCUGGAUUUUGGCUCAGAGAAUGCAUGUGAGAAAACGUCCUUUACCUUCCUCAGACAGGAGCUACCCGUGAGGCUGGCCAACAUUAUGAAGGAGAUCAAUCUGCUGCCAGACAACCUGCUGAGGACUCCAUCGGUGCGCCUGGUCCAGAGCUGGUACAUGCAAAGUUUUCAGGAUAUUCUCGAGUUCAGAGACAAAAACGCAGACGAUGAGAAAGUCACGUACGACUUCACAGAUGCCGUGAUUAAAAUCAGAAAUCGCCACAACGACGUCAUCCCCACCAUGGCACAGGGGGUCGUGGAGUACAAAGAGGCGUACGGCACAGAUCCGGUGGUCAGCCAGAACGUUCAGUACUUCCUGGAUCGGUUCUACAUGAGCAGGAUAUCCAUCAGGAUGCUGCUUAACCAGCACACUCUCCUGUUUGGUGGGAAUGUCAAAGUGAAUCCUGCACACCCCAAACAGAUCGGCAGUAUAGAUCCACACUGUGGGGUCAGCGAGGUCAUUAGAGAUGCGUACGAAAAUGCAAGAAACCUUUGUGACCGUUACUACAUGAACUCUCCUGAGCUGAUCCUGGAGGAAUUCAAUGCCAAAGAUGAUGGGAAGCCCAUCACUGUGGUGUACGUUCCAUCCCAUUUGUAUCACAUGGUGUUUGAACUCUUUAAGAACGCCAUGCGGGCCACCAUGGAGCUGCACGGAGAUUCACUGGAGUAUCCAGCCAUUCAUGCACAGGUCGCACUGGGAAAGGAGGAUCUGACGGUGAAGGUGUGCGACCGUGGAGGCGGCGUGCCGCUUCGUAAAAUCGACCGUCUGUUCACCUACACGUACUCCACAGCGCCGCGGCCCAGCAUUGAUGAUUCCCGCGCUGCUCCUCUGGCUGGUUAUGGUCACGGCCUGCCCAUCUCCCGACUGUACGCUCGGUACUUUCAGGGCGACCUCAAGCUUUACUCUCUGGAGGGCUAUGGAACCGAUGCUGUGAUCUACAUCCGGGCUCUGUCCACCGAGUCCAUCGAGAGGCUCCCCGUGUACAACAAGUCGGCCUGGAAGCACUACAAAACCAUCCACGAGGCCGACGACUGGUGCGUCCCGAGCAAAGAGCCGAAGGACAUGACCACGUUUCGGAGCUUCUAAAGCCAAAAAGCACAUGUUCUUGCAGCACUGUGCAAGAUUCUCAUUAACGAGUGUUUUAGUAUUUAAACCGAUCAGUUUGAACAGGAAGUUAAAAAAAAAGAAAGAAAAGAAAAUGGAUGCAGGGAAGAACGGACACUUUUAAUGCCAUAUAUUUUAGUUUUUCGAAGGAGCAUCCUUUAUAGAAAUAACUGUGCGUUUAAAACCAGGUUUCUAUAAACAAUUGUAAACAAUCAGUUUUUAGUGAGUUUCCAGCGCCACCUACUGAACAAGAUAUUCCUGUACUAAUGCCAGUUUUUGUCCGGGCUGAAAUAUUCUGGUGCCCCGAUGAGUUUAAAUCCA